AUGUCCCAACGCCUUGCGAACAAAGUUGCCCUCAUCACCGGAGCCGGCUCUGGCAUCGGUCUUGAAUCGUCCCUUCUCUUCGCUCAGGAAGGCGCCAAUGUUUUGUUGGUAGACAUCAACAUAGCAGCUGCGCAGAAAGGUGCUGCGCUUAUCCAGCAACGCUUCCCAAACGUCAAAGCGCUGGCUCUUCACGCUGAUGUCGGGAAGGAAGAUGACAUCAAAGGAGCGGUCGAUCUUGCUGUUGCAGAAUUUGGUAGAUUGGACGUGAUGUUCAACAAUGCAGGCAUCAUGCACCCAGAAGACGAUCAUGCCCUCAAUACCGAGGAGAAGAUCUGGGAUCUGACAAUGCAAAUCAACGUGAAGGGUGUCUGGUGGGGCUGCAAGUAUGCUAUUAUGGCUAUGCGGCAAAAUCCUGUCGACGAAGAGAAAGGCCUCCGUGUCGGGGGCUCUAUCAUCAACACUGCGAGCUUUGUCGCACUCAUGGGUGCCGCCACGCCACAGUUAGCAUAUACUGCGUCCAAGGGUGCUGUGUUGUCCAUGACACGAGAGCUCGCGAUGGUGCAUGCGAGAGAAGGAAUUCGGCUGAACUCCCUAUGCCCCGGUCCGCUGAAGACGCCUCUUUUGAUGGAUUUCCUCAACACGUCGGAAAAGAAAGAGCGCCGGCUUGUUCAUCUCCCUAUGGGUCGGUUCGGUGAGGCCGUGGAACUCGCCAAGGCUGCAUUGUUCUUGGCGAGCGAUGACAGCAGUUAUAUGACUGGCACAGAUUUCAAGGUCGACGGAGGCCUUACCUCGUGCUAUGUUACCCCUGUCGGAGAACCAACCCUCCAACCUCCCGCCAGUCUCAUUUGA